AUGCACCCUCCUCUAAACGACAACCACAACCGCCCACUCUACCAAUAUAUCCGAAAACCCACAGCGCGCACUCAACUCCAACCUUCCCUGACACCCAGGGUUACAAAUCCCAGCCAACCACCCAAAAGGUAUACACCCGCUAUCGCCUCCCAUGAGUCCGAUCUCGAAUACGAUGAAGAUCACGAUGAGUACGACGACUAUUACGACCGCGAAGACAUGGUCAUCUACUAUCCAACCCCAGCCGCAACACCGGUCUCAGCGCCAAGGGCAAGCCCCGGAAAUGAUUCGAAAACAGUAACGAUAAAUCUCAACUCCUCUGUUCAAAUCACUGGAGACGGAAAUUCCGUUGCCAUUGCCUCAGGCGAGGCGCAACCUCAGACACGGACGCCGGAGACAGAAAGGAACCCAGCCACAUAUGCUACUAGGAACCCCAAUCCCAAGCUCACGAACACUAUAGCAGCUAUUAUCGCUGCUCUUCAGCAACCUGGUGCUAUGACGUCUACGCAUACGGAAUCAAAAGCGGGCCAUGUUCCCACUAGUCCAGCUGCUGCUGCUGCGCCUGGGGCGGUAGAAAUCAAUAUUGACGCCGGAGUGAAGGUCAAGGGAUGUCAGAAUGUGGUUUGUUUUGGGGCAUUUGCUCCCCGUGCUGGUGGGUUGAAGGCGAAUAGCCGCAGUCAAGACGCAAGGAAGAGACGAGCUCAGUCGGUAUGA